AUUAUUACUCGUAUUAUUAACUAUUGAAUUUUCUUUUCUUAUUUUGGUGCACACGCAUAUAUUUUCGUGCGCUUAUUUCGGUAGCAGCAGCAGCAGAAGCAAUGGCGACUGAUUUCUGGACAUCCACACACUACAAGCAGUUAAUGGAUCAAGAAGAAGUAGAUGUUGUCCACAGCCUUGAUAAAGACAAAGGAAUCGCUCUCGAAGAUUUUAAGCUCAUCAAGUUACAAAUGACCAAUUAUAUUGCGCGAUUGGCUCAAAAUGUUAAAGUGAGGCAAAGGGUUGUUGCAACUGCUGUAACAUACAUGAGACGUGCUUAUACAAGGAGAAGUAUGACCGAAUAUGAUCCACGCUUGGUGGCACCGACAUGCUUAUAUUUGGCAUCAAAAGCAGAAGAGAGCACCGUGCAAGCAAGGCUUCUUGUUUUUUACAUUAAAAAACUACAUUCAGAUGAGAAGUACCGAUAUGAAAUCAAAGACAUCCUUGAGAUGGAAAUGAAAAUUUUGGAGGCACUAAACUACUAUCUAGUCGUGUUCCAUCCUUAUCGUGCAUUGUCACAGUUGCUUCAAGAUGCUGGAAUGAGUGAUGCAACUCAAAUGACCUGGGGGCUUAUCAAUGACAGCUAUAAAAUGGAUUUAAUUCUGAUAUACCCACCUCAUACAAUUGCAUUGGCCUGCAUAUAUGUUGCGAGUAUGCUCAAAGAUAAAGACAACACUGCCUGGUUCGAACAGCUACGAGUUGACAUGAAUAUGGUAGAAAAAAUUGCGACUGAAAUACUAGAUUUCUAUGACAACCACAAAACAAUCACAGAGGAGAAAGUAAAUGCUGCGAUGCAAAAACUAACUACACGAACAUAGACUUCCAAUAGGCCAACCACGUAUUUGUAUGUAGCAACUGUAGGGUAGGAUGUGAACGGACCGUAGGUAGAUAGGAUAUGAUGGUAUCUAUAAUCGGAUACAGAUGUGGAUGUUACCAUUUCUCCUCAGAUUAGAUUCAAAUAUUAUGUGUGUUUAUAUGUUGCUUGAAUUUAGGGAGACUAAGUAGACGUACAAUGUAUCAAUAUUAGCAUGUAUCUUAAGUUAAAAUAAUGUACCAAUAACUAACACAAUUGUUCCUAUCUUGAGUUGUUAAUAUAUUAGUAAUCAGUGUA